AUGCGCGUGUAUCUAUCGGCGACACUCCUAAAGAAACCUCCUAUGACGAAACCUAACUCGUUUCGAGGAAAAAAACAUAGAAUAUGUAACGACGAUAAUAACCACGGAAACUAUGGCGACGACGACGACGACGACGAUGGCGACGGCGACUAUGACGAUGACGAUGACGAUGAUGAUGACGGUGAUGGUAACGUUGAUGAUGAUAAUGAAGAUAACAGCGACGACGACGACGACGAUGGUGAUGCCGGUGACGAAGACGAUGUCAAUGAUUUUUCGAGAGAGGAUAUUUUGUACGACGCAUCGAUAACUAUAGUCGCCUCACAGGAAAUAAUCGACGAAAUCUUUGCAAUCUAUUAG